CUUCCAUGAUAACUACGGAAUAAGUCCUACCUUGCACGUCACAACAAGACUUUUGUUAAGACAGUUAACUGCUAAAACAUUGGAGAUGAACGUCCGGCAUCGAAACGGGAUCACCAACGUUCUUAUGAGCAUGUGCUUCCUGAUUUUUUUUUAUGACGUCAUGGCGCUUCCUGGUAAGCAAGUUUCCGACGGCGGUAGAAAACACAUUACGAGUGGAGACUUCGAUAGUUUAAAUACAGAAGAAAUUCCCAGUGAAUUAUUUUUGGAUAUCAACGACGAUGACGGAAUUGAUGAUCUAGAGCAUCAGUAUGAAGUACAGCAAUUCGAUGAUCCGAGAUAUGUGACCGUUGAGGAACCAGGAGUUGGGAAGCGAUUUCUUGGACGCUGGAGAAACCUAAACUGGAAACUCCGUCAACGAGAACUUAAUAAAGAUGAUGUGCCUGUUGGGAAACGCUUCUUUGGCAGAUGGAUGAACAGGAAUUACAUUCUAUCUAAGCUGGAAGCUGAACGUAAGAACCAAGUGGGAAAGCGCUUCCUUGGGAGAUGGAGGAACCGUAAUUAUCUCCUGGAAAAAAUGAAAGAUGAAUAGAUUUUGAAAAAAUAUUAAUAUAAUUUAUGAAGUAGCCUCACUGCUCUGCAAUUAUCAAGUGAUUGUGAACAUGCAUAUCUACAACACAUAUGAUCAUGAUUGAAGAUUUAAGGCGAAACGGUGGUGACGUGUCAUUUUUUGGAGAUUGAAAAUAAAA